AUGGAGACUGGCAAAGAACCCCGUCUCGACGACACGGAAUCUGCACCGCCAGACCUGGACAUCGCUGACGAGAGUAUAAACAUGGCUGACCCGCACAUAGAUUUUACGCUCAUGCCAUCAACAGACCCAAGCGAAGAACGACAGGAUACAGAGGCGAUGUUCUCCGCAUCUGACGACCUCACCGCGGACUGGGCCCAGUGGAUGCGCUGGGACGACAUUAUUGACGACACCAAGGCGUCACCUUUCGACAUGCCUAUCAUGCCCGGUGCUUCCAUCCCGCAUACGGCCUUUUCUUUUCCAUCGGAUGAUGCCAUGCUAUCCACCCAUGCUCCGGGUUCAUCCAACAGCUCUGUUCUUGCUCCAUCCACGCUUAACCAGCUCCCUGCCUCCCCCACGUUCCCAGGACAGCCGUCAACCCUGGCAACACAGGAAAACCAGCAGCAGUCGGCGCCACUGUCGGAUGCCUCCUCACCUUUGGCCCCUUCCCCUACCUCUUCACUUGGGCGGAAACGCAAGUCCUCCCAAGAUGACUCCCCAAGCAACCCAUCUACUGCCUCUGCGUCGGUCGACAAGUCGGCUCCGUCAAAGAAGCGAUCACAUAAUAUCAUCGAGAAGCGGUACCGUGCCAAUCUAAACGACAAGAUUGCCGAGCUGCGAGACAGCGUCCCCAGUCUACGCUUGACAUAUCGACAACGUCAUGGCGGUAGCUCGAAAAGGACGGAAGAGGAUGACGACGUGGACGCUUCGUCGGGGAACAAGCUGAACAAAGCAUCAAUCCUAUCCAAGGCAACGGAAUAUAUCAAGCAUCUGGAACUUAGAAAUAGUCGGCUCGAGGAGGAGAAUGUUGCCUUGAAGAAUAGAUUUCGUCAGCUAGAAAAAAUCCAAGGGGUGAAUCUGACUGCGUACCCUACUGUUGCCGGUUCUGAGACCUCUCCAGGCGCCUGUACUGUAUCUCCAGGUUCCGCCGCCACCUCGUCGCCCGAUAUCUUCUCCCAUGCGGGGGAUUUUUCACCCGAUUCGCCCCCAAACCCCCUAUUUCCGCCUGAGGGCCUGCUUAGACCACCGGAUGGAUUCAACCAACUACGUCCCACCGGACCACAACCUCAUUAUGCCGACUCCUUUAGUUACAACCAGCCCCAGAACUAUGGGUCGUCACCGGUGGAAACCACCAGCACCACCAACGGCUCUCAUACCGUUUCCAAUGGGCAUACAACUACCCGUGGACGACGCCAAUUCAUGGGUAUACCCAACAAGUUCAUGCUCGGCACACUGGCUGGUAUCAUGGUGAUCGGUGGCUUCGAGAACCAUAGAACCUCCGACCCAGAGGAGAAAAAGGAGCUAUUCGCACUCCCAAUCCAUUACCUAGCCAGCUUUUAUCGCCUCGCUCUUCGAAAUUUCUACUUUGUCAGGGCGAAUUCAUGGCAAAUACGUGCCCUAUCACAGUUUGCCAUGACGUCUGCCUUGGUAUUCGGGUGUGCCUUUUUCGUAUUCUUGUAUCUUUUUAACUCGAGGCCUAGGAUGUCCCGCGUGCCCCUUAAAGCGCCCAAGGUACGAAGCACGCAGCAACAAAAAAAGCAGCAGCAACAACAGACAUGUGCUGGUGGAUCACCUACAGAAUUCCGCCAGGAUGCAUGGCUCACGAGCAUACAGACCGUUGGCGUGCCUCGCCAUAACUUCUUCCCAGAGUGGUUUGCUGUUACUUCUCGCUGCCUGGAGUAUUGUGUCCGCUGUAUCCUUGGAUGGAAAUUAUACUCCAUGAUUACUGGAAUCAAUGCAGAUGAUGAAAAGGGCCGCGUCAAGGCCUGGGAUAUCGCUCUCGACGCCCAGCUCACUGGUGGGGAUGCAGAGGUUAGCAAAAGCAGAUUAGUGCUCACCAUAUUCGCUGCGGGAACACUUCCUCGCAGCCCUGCCCGCAUGAUGCUCAAGGCAUUCCAUUGCAGGGUAUUACUAUGGAGGAUCGGCUCCCCAGGUUCCGUGACGGCCAAGAUAUCCGAUUACAUUGCCAAAAUGUUGGCGAACUAUCAAUGGGAACUUGCUCAAGGCAUGCAUCGGAAGGGGCCGAAGAAGGGCGAGGAUCCUCUCCCAAGCCAUCUUGCUUUCCUCUUAUCCAUGGACUGCGAUGAGGUAUUCACCGAUACGAUCACUCAACGCGCCACCAAUAUGAUCUGGAACCGACCAACUCAAGAAGCAACCGAUGGAGAAGACGCAUUGCUAGACGUUGUUGUCGAGGACACUGCGGUUCGCUCUCCACUCGAUGUCCUCGCUGCAUGGUGGUCUAGCCGCGCAUUACAAGAGGCUUUACUUAAAUCCCUAGACUUGGUGUCCGUCGAAUCCCCAAUGGAGAAACGCAAGUCCUUUGAAAGAAGCUUAGAUGUGGCGCUGACUUCCGCUCCGGUCCCUUCAACAGCAUAUACCAGGGCAACCGUGGUGAAAGCCCUGUUUUUCGAAGAGGAUAGAAUUAGAAAUAUCAAUGCGGUACUUGCCACUCUCCCCAGCGGCAAGUUACACAACCCUUGUUCAACAUGUGGUUUGACGAAUUUCCUCGAUUCUUCCAUUCCGCCAUCAGCGCGGGACGAAAUUUUCAUCGGCGUGCGCUGUGCGAUGAUUGCGGCCAUUCUACGCGGACAAGUAGGGAAAGGUGAAGAUGAACCAGCCUCUUCUCCGUUCUCUCUUUCUAGUGCCAUCAGGCAAUUCAAUGCCGCCCCUGUUGAUGAAGUCGAACUUACACUACUUGGAUUCGCUUCACAUUACCACCUUCUUCAUAUUACCGCCACAGACGAAAGAUUACUGCCAUGUACAUCCCUUGCAUCCUCCGUCUACUCGUCGACAACAGACCUAAGUGACGGCUCCGAAACUACAACUGGCCACGGCGACUAUCACGACGUUCCUAUCCCGGACCUAGCCCGAAUGGCGGCGGACUUGAUAUUCUGGGUACGAAACGCAUACAAUCCGAUCUCUUCCGGGCUUAACGCCAAGCUUAUGGAGAAGGUUGUGGAGGAUUGCGUCGAUGCAUGCCAUAAUGCCGGAAUCGAUAUUGAUAUCAAAAAGAUCCAGCGUAUCAAAACCCAUCAACGAGAAUCGAGCGUUGAUAUCACCGAGGCUCCCGCCGAUAAUCCUGAUAAUGAAUGUGGAAAUAGCAACAGCUGCGGCAACAGCAGCGGCUGUGGAGGCUGCCAUGGGACACAGGGUAGGAGAGAGAGUACAUUCAGCAACGAUACCGGAUAUGACAGCAUUGAUUCGGAGGAGCACAAACCCCCGUUGACCACACAAACCCCCGUUGACCACACAAACCCCCGUUGA